AUGACCUCCAACGAUCGACACGCCGGACCAGACGCUUCCUACCGCAACGGCCGCAUACCAGUUUCACAGUCGCGCAAUGGCAUCACGUCGCCCAGCAAUACGAGUGCGCUUGAAUCGAGAACAGAUCUCGACCUGGAAGCCGGCAAUGGCUUCGUCACCAGCACCACGAGCCCCCCUUAUUCGCCUCAGCGGAACAGUUUGUCCAGACAAGGCUCUGCCUUGGACGGCAAGUCUAUGGCCGAAGUUGGUCAAGGCGGGAUCCAGAUGGAGAGCUUCAAGGAUGGACUACCACCGCCGCCUCCCGUCAUCCACUCCUGGAAGCGGAUUGACCGAUGGCUGGAGGACAACUACGAAGAGCUGUUCGAGAAUCUUGGCAUGGGCGCCACGGUCAACGACGUGAAUGAGCUGGAGCACGAGCUAGACUGCACAUUACCUCAGGAAGUGCGCGAAUCAUUGCAGAUUCACGAUGGGCAAGAGCGAGGCGGUCAGCCGACGGGAGUCAUCUUUGGCUGUAUGCUGCUCGACUGCGAGGAGAUCAUUCAGGAGUGGCAGCAAUGGAGAACGGUCAACGAAGCAUAUUUCAGUGAUCGACAGACGUUCGAGAUUCCGCAAGCGCCACUCAAGGCAUUUGCUGGCUCGUCCUCUUCCGCACAAGUGCCAAUGGCGCAGCCACAGUCGCCAAACAAUCCACAGUGGCGGCAAGAGCUGCUAGAAAAGCAGGACUCGCAACCUCCAAACGCCGUUCAGAAGGUAUACUCGCAUCCAGCUUGGAUCCCACUGGCAAGAGAUUGGGGAGGCAACAACAUUGCUGUAGAUCUCGCGCCCGGUCCGACUGGACGAUGGGGACAAGUUAUCCUCAUGGGCCGCGAUUAUGACUGCAAGUACGUCAUCUCACGAUCAUGGUCGGCUUUCCUCGCGACUGUCGCGGACGAUAUGCACACCGACAAGUGGUUCAUUGAUGAAGAGACGAAAGAGCUGAAAUUGCGGGAGUUUCCGAAGCAGGGAGUUGAGCCAGCAUACAUUGACAUCAUGCGUUGGAGAACGGAUCAGAAGUAUGGAAGGAGAGCCCCUAAGAAGCGCCCAUUGCGAAUCAAUAGUAAUGUCUCGCCUGGCGCAAACGGAUUCUCCCCAUACGGAUCUCCUACAAAAGAGGACCGGGGCAGGUCACCACACCGGUACUCCAAUGGCAAAGCGCCUGUUGGUACAUCAAGCCCUAGAGGCCACAUGGGCAGUCCACUUGCAAGAGUGACCGAAGAGAGCCCAAUUCAGACUCAGCCACAGCCAUUGACGCUCGAUACAUCUGUUGCACCAAGCGAGGACAAGCUGAUAUCGGUCGUGUCAACGCCGACCUCCACACAUCCGAGAGAAGACAAGGAGAACAUACCUCAGACGAACGGGAAGCUGGAAGAUCGGAGAAGCAGCCAACCAUUUCCCAAAAGCCGCCUUGGCAGCACUGUGAUGAGCAACAGCGAUGAUGAUGAAGAGACGAGUCCGUUGUCACCCGCGAAAGAGGAGGACGUGCCUCCCAUGGCCAUUGACGACGAGAUGAAAGAAGUCAAGAUCUAGAUAGAAUCUGGCUUGACCAUUGCAGCAGAGGGUUGGACAUCGAGACGAAUCAACAGCAAGCUGAAUAUUUCGCAAUCCUUCGAGCGUUGCUUCCUGCUCUGCAUCGCAUAGUAUGGCGUUGGAGGUAACUUUUUGGGAACGCGGCGUGCCGAGCGCAUGUUAGCGGGGCAUAUCUUAGCCUCAGCAUGAGGAAGGGCAUGGAAUGAAGAUGAAGAAGAAACAACAGACUACGCCAGUGUGUUUUCUGCGACGAGCGAGAUCCCGGGACAAAGGCCAGGUGCUCUUUGCCGGGUUUCAGUUCUGUGAUGUUUUGAGCGCUUGAGCUAUUGUGUAUUGUCAGAAUAUUCGCCAUGGGCAUUUUAGCAUGGCCCUAUAGCGCUAUCGCAGAGUGAGAAUGCAAUCAAUAUCAGUG